AUGGCUUCAUUAGUAAUUGAUGCUCGAGCAAUUAACGGUACGACGUAUGAACACGAUGGUGGAGUAAUUGCAUCGAUAUUUUUAAGUUUGGUAGCAUUUAUUUUGACUUGUAUUAUUAAUGGACUAGCACAAAGUGGACCAAAUAAACUGUUUCGAAAAAAUACUGCUCAAAUAUCUGAUGAGAAUCCUACCGAGUUUACUCCGGCUGGUCCGACUUUUUCACUUUGGGGUUUGAUUUAUAUGUGGCAAUUAAUAUGGAUAAUAUAUGCAAUUGUGUGUAUAUGGCGUAAAACAGAUGUUGGCUAUUUGUAUUUACAUCCAUUUACAUUACAUUAUUCCGUGUUUAUUUUAUUCAUCGUCAAUAUGUUACUCAAUAGUACUUGGUUAAUAUUAUGGGAUCGAUUAAAAUUUGGUAUUGGAACAUUGGUUAUUUUUGCCAUGUUUUUCACAAUUGUUGCUGCGACGAUUAUUGUUCAUGUUCUACUAUGGAAUUAUCGAUCAGAUUAUCGGAAUUUAGGAUUUACUACUGAUAUAUGGUUAAUUCGUUUUCUUGUUAUCAAUGGUUUGGCGUUGUAUGCCACUUGGCUAUUGAUUGCUGCGAAUUUAAAUUUGGCCAUAUGGAUAAAACCGAAAUUAUCGUUAAGAAUUGAGGGUUGGGCUACCACUAUUUGUUUAACUAUUGUUCUUUUGGGUGUUAUUAGCUAUUGGGUGUUGGAAAAUUUUGUAUUUUAUUGUUCAAUGGCGUAUACAUGGUCACCUUGGCUAGUUUUGUAUGUAGCGCUCGCAGGUAUUAUUGCCAAACAUCAUACUCUCCUCAAAGAAGGCUCUCGAAAUCAAAUUUACGUCUUAAUUAUUUUAAUAUUGACAACAGUAUUUUUUAUUGUCAAAAUUGUACUAUUUGUAGUAAGGUAUACGAAAAGCGAAAUUCCAACAGGAAGUCAUCCUGCUUGGGAUUUGUGA